AUGGUUACAGUUUUGCGAACGCCAGUACGCGUGCUUUCCCUCGAGGUCAUGAGCGCAAUCUACUAUGAUCUCAGAGAUGCGUGCUAUUUCCCCAAGAUUGUUCAAGGUAAGCCGGAGCAAAUUGACUGGACAAUGUACGAGAAUAUGAAUGCAUGCACAUCCAAUUUCAUUGCAGAAGCUUUUGCACAGGUCGGACACCAACUGUCCCUUGAUCAACAGAACCGUACAGGCAGAAUGUAUAUCGCUCUUGACCGUCUUCAAUGGAAAAUAUUUGCCAUUUGUGCACACUCGAAAGCAUUCCGAAAUGCAAUACAGAGCGUGAAUAGUACAGACUGGGAUAGUAUCCUUGCAUUGAUCUCUCAGGAGAAGCGCAGCAUCGAGACCUUUGCUCGUAGUCGCGACUUGGAUUGGCGUGGUCCCCUUCUUCCUUAUGCGGGAGAUCCGUGGCCUGGACUUCAAGAGGCAUUGACACCUGAUAUUAACCUAGCAACAGGGCACCCGCAUCAUAUAGUGCAGACUGAGGAUGGUGGCCUCCGCCAGCCAGUAUUCCCAUGGACAGAAGACGGUGAACUCCAACCCAAUAUGCAUGGAAAUUUCCUCCAUCCUUCCUUCCCCAAUGAGACUGCAGUUGCAAGCAAACGCAAUGAGAACUUUAGAGAAUGUUUUCUCUGUCGGAAAAACACCUGCAAGUGCAAACCCAUGUUUGUGCCAGCAGACUUCAUUGAACUCCGAGAGUAUGCUGGCAAGGGGCCGCCCUUGAUUGAGUUGACCGUUGGCGACCACUUCGCGAAAAUAGUGGCCGAACAUGGAGAUCGAACAGCGUCAGCAUUCUUGCCCCCAUCAAAACAAUGGACGUUUUGGUCAACCAGACUAACUGUCUCUUCAAGCGUCGUUUCGAAGCACCAGAACGAUCGCGUCACGUAUGCCUCCCUUGACGCCAGAAGCAAUGCAUUUGCUCGGGGAUUAGAAUCGGUACCACUCAAUCCGUCCUUUAAUGCCACGCAAGUCGUCUCUGCCCUGAGCCACCUUGAGGCGAGCCACCUGAUCAUCAGCGCCGAAUCGAACCUACCUCGCAAAGACCCUCGCAGUAACGUCAAACUUCUCGAGCUUAUGGUCGAAGACCUUUUCAGCUCGAAACUACAGUCCGCACUCAUUCCUUCUCUUGAGAGAAUAAUUCUGGUCAACAACUCCUCCGGCCGAGUAGAUAUAUCGUCAUAUAAAAGCCUAACGCCCUUUUCCUCCGUCAUGUCCCAAUUACCGGGAGACUGCCGACCAUUGCCGGGGCAAAACCUCUCCCCGCAAGAUAUUGUCAACAUUCAAUUCACAUCUGGAACUACCGCAAUGCCAAAGGCGGCUUGCCUCAGUCACCACUCUAUUCUAAAUAACGGUUCCCAAAUCGGUGAUCGUAUGCUACUUACUCCGAACGACAUUGUCUGCUGCCCUCCACCAAUGUUCCAUUGCUUUGGUUCUAUCUUGGGGUAUAUGGCGACAGCAACUCACGGAUCUUCCAUUGUAUUCCCAAGCGAGUCGUUCAAUGCUCGUGCUGCAUUGCAAGCAGUGCAAGAAGAGAAAUGUACGGCACUUUACGGGGUGCCCACGAUGUUCCUCGAGGAGCUUGGUCUCAUUGCCUCGGGUGAGGUUUCCGGGGAUGGCUUUCAGCAAUUGCGAACUGGAAUCGCGGCUGGGAGCAGUAUCCCCGCAGAACUGAUGAAAAAGCUUCAUAAAGUAUUGAACUUGACCGAACUGACAAUUUGUUAUGGAAUGACAGAGACAAGUCCUGUCUCUGCAAUGACAGCCACCGACGAUCCUAUAUCAAAGAGAAUCAGUACCGUUGGAAGACUGAUGCCACAUGUUGAGGCUAAAAUCGUGGACCCGGUAGACAAAACACAAACCCUUCCAAUUGGAACCCGUGGGGAGCUGGCGGUUAGUGGCUACCUUCUCAUGAAGGAGUAUUGGGGCGACCCUGUAAAGACUGCAGAGGUUAUGAUUGCAGAUGCUACUGGGAAGAUGUGGAUGCAUACUGGAGACGAGGCAUCUAUCUCUGAGGAUGGAUAUGUUUCUAUAACAGGCCGCAUCAAGGAUUUGAUUAUCCGAGGCGGAGAGAACAUACAUCCCCUUGAAAUCGAGAAUUGUCUCUUGGCCCACCCUGGUGUUAUUGAUGUCUCUGUUGUCGGUGUACCGGAUGAGCGAUAUGGCGAGGUUGUCGCCAGCUUCAUAUCCGCCCGAGAUCAAGGCUCUAAGAUGGUUACUGCCGAGGAGAUACAGCAGUGGGUGCGUGAGCAUUUGAGCAACCAUCUUGCUCCUAAAUACGUAUUCUUUCUGGAUCCCACGGAAACAUUCCCGAAGACGGCAAGUGGAAAGAUUCAGAAGUUCAAGCUCAAGGAACAGGCGAUCAAGCUGAUUGCUGGCGCUUGA